CAAGAUUUAAUUUUCUAAAGAUCGAUCAAAUGGCAAAAUUCAUCAAUCUUUCCCUUCUCAUUCUGAUGAUCAGUAUUAUUGGUUUCCUUCCAUUCCAAGCAACUGCUGUUUCCUGCGGCGGUUCAUGCAGGACCUUGAACGACUGUGAUGGCCAACUAAUCUGUAUUAACGGAAAAUGUAACGACGACCCGGACGUCGGAACCCAUAUCUGUUCCGGAAGUACCUCCCCAAGCCCACCAUCCGGUUCCAGCCCAUCGCCGUCAGGAACCUGUCUCCCGUCCGGUUCUUUCACGUGUAACGGUCAGACUAAAUCCACGUACACUUGUUCGCCGCAGGUCACCGGGUCAACACCGGCGACAUUCACCCUGAACGACUUCGGCCCCGACGGGGACGGUGGAGCUCCUUCGGAAUGCGAUGAGAGUUUCCAUGAUAAUUCCGAACGAGUGGUGGCGCUUUCCACCGGGUGGUACGCAAACGGGGCGAGGUGUGGGAUGAUGAUCAGAAUCACCGCCGGUAACGGCAGAAGCACGACGGCGAAAGUGGUGGAUGAGUGUGAUUCGAUGCACGGUUGUGAUGAGGAGCAUGCGUUUCAGCCGCCGUGUGAUAAUAAUAUCGUGGAUGGUUCGGAUGCUGUGUGGAAAGCGUUAGGGCUCAAUGAAAACCUCGGACGAGUUCCAGUUACUUGUCAUUUCAAGGAUGAUCCAGAGUUGGAAUCCAUGACUGCUAAGUGCAGAAUAUUUGGACAGAUGCGAGGACUGGAAGGCGAGUUGAUGCAGCUGAAAUCGCAGGCUUCGACACAGAAGCGAGAGAUACAAGAGCUUACAAGGACUGUUCCUUUGACGGUUUUGUCUGAAGAGAUUAUGGAAACGGUGUUUGAAGAAUCUUUAGAUAUUUGGCCGGAUUCAAGCAAUUUGGAAGGUCACACAGAUGAUGUUUUUGAAAUCCUGGAAUUACUGCUCUCAGAGAAUAGAUUGAAUGGAGCCCUUUCUGUACUGGAGAUGGAAGGCAGGGAUUUGGAGAUUUCUACUGAUUAUUUUCGCAUAAACAUAAUUGGCACGCUCAGUGGGGCUGAUUUUCGUAUCUCGACUAGGUUUGAAGUCAUGUCAACGACAACAGCAACAACUUCCGUUCCGACAAGAGUUACUUCCUCCGGUCCGUCAACAACUGAAGCAGCGAAAUCAACUAGAGAAAUAGGAGCAGCAUCGACUCUUCCGUUACCAUCGUCAGGAGUACCGACUCUUUCGGUGAAUCAGAAUCUAGAACACGAGUUGAGAAGUUCUUAUGACUCUCAGUUUCACCAGAAUCAAGGUGCUGAACAAACUGCGAAACAUUGGCUAGCAUGGCUUAACGCCCAACUAGGAUUAGACCAACGGGGACGUACUAAGGAGUCGGCAUACAAUACACCCCAAGAUCUUGAGCAAAUUAUUAUAGGCCAGCAGAAUAACACCAUUACAAGCAUGCUAGCCCGUGUCGCUGCAUUGGAGCAAUCUUUCCAAAAAGUUAACCCUAAUGGAGGGACAGUACCUGAAACUCCAUCGAUAACCCCCGAUGCAUCAUUGAAAGUACCACUGCUGAAUCCAUCAACAACACUUACCCAUGACAACCCGUUGUUCUCUAAUUCGUCAACAGCGGUGCAGGGGUUGUCAGCUAGUGGAGUAAGCCAAGUAGGAGUUGUUCCAGAGAUUACACCAAUACCAAACCCUAGUUGGUAUUACUGCGCUGAACAAAGUCAACCAGCUUUUAUUCCGCCAGUUGGCAAUUUCACCUUUGAUGGCGCUGUGAGAUGGCCACCAAAAGCUCCAGGUUACCCAUCAACAGGUGGUUUCACUCCACCUAGAGGGAUCAUACCACCGCCAAGGCUAGUGAUUCCACCAAAUUCAUUAAAUGGACAAAACUCUCCGAUGCAGAAUAUUGAGAAUCCACAAACUCAAGCGAUACCGACUCCAAUGAAUGUACGGCCAGUUCCAGUGGUGGCCAGGACUCUGCCUACAGCCAAUCCUCUCCCGCACAGUGAUCAAAGGUUUGUAGUAUAUGAUGUGAGGGCUGGAAGGCUAGUUGAUGCAGCUGAGAUCGCAGGCUUCGACACAGAGCGGGAGAUACAAGAGCUUACAAGGACUGUUCCUUUGACGGUUUUGUCUGAAGAGAUUAUGGAAACGGUGUUUGAAGAAUCAUUAGAUGAUCGGCUGGAUUCAAGCAAUUUGGAAGGGAAAAGAUUCUCUAUGGAAGAAAUGAAGGCUUAUGAUUCUGCAAUUGCACAGAAAAGCGCACACAUUGCAAGAAGAGCGCAAGAUUUCAGUUCCUCGAUAGCAUUUCAGAAUGUACUAACCAUUCGAGAAGUUGCAAAAUACGAGUUCUCCAUGAUCUCUCAAGCUGCAAGAAGUUUUCUAGGGUUACACGGAGAAGGUACCUUAAAUGCUCCCGAGCUAAUCCAAUGGAGCAAGAAAAAAACUCAAGUUUUCGCCGUUAUACUGACAAAGUAUGUCGAGUCCACAUCAGAGAUAAGUGGAGGGCUAUCUGCUAUGGUAGACAUUUCAGUGUGCAUUGUCAUAUUGUUGAUGGUUAGAGGAUCAAAAGGUAUUCCUAAGGUCAUCUUUGAUGAAUCACAUGAGCCCCUGUAUUGA